AUGGCAAGGAGUUAUGGGCCUUACUUUGAUCCUGAAUAUGAGACUUUAAGUAUCAGAAUAAAUCCUCCAAGGGUGUCUGUGGAUAAUGCGAGUAGUAAGGAUUGCACUCUAGUGAAGGUUGACAGUAUCAACAAGCCUGGAAUACUGCUGGAAGUGGUGCAGAUCCUGACAGACCUUGAUUUUGUAAUUACCAAAGCCUACAUAUCCUCUAAUGAUGGUUGGUUCAUGGAUGUUUUUCAUAUUACCGAUCAACAUGGCAAUAAGGUUACAGACAACAAUACUAUUGGUCAUAUAGAAAAGGCUCUAGGAUCAGAAGGUUACACAUCAGCCAAUCUUCAUUUUAAUGUCACUGCUGCUGAGGUUUGGAAUCAUAAUAGGCGCAUAGCAUGUGUCCUUUAUAUCAAUGAUAAUUGUUCAUCCCUUGAUGAGGAUGAAGAAUCUAGAUUGUGUGUCAUGGAAGAGCAACUCAAUAAUAUUCUUCGUGGACGUGAGGAUGAUGAGAGUGGGACUCAUGCUACUUUCUCAGUUG